AUGUCUCCCUCGGUAGAUGUUGCCACCUCUUCCGGCCCUCAGCCACCACGCUCGUCCAUGAACUGGGCCGAUGAUGUCGAAGACGAUGUAUCGCCUGAUGUUCCCAAGGUGGAAGAGAAGGACGAAGGCAAUGGAGUAAAGGUCAUCGUAGAGUACAGAACUAACCCUGAGGGAAAGAGGGUCAAGAUCACAAGGAGAAUUCGCAGGACAUUGAUCAAGACGACUGUGAACGAGGCUGAGGCUGAGAGAAAGACAUGGACCAAGUUUGGAGCCGAGAAGAACAGGCCAAGCGGUCCUCACAGCUCCACUACUACCAUUGGAGAGAAUGUGCAACUGAAGCUGAGUGCCGGCAACAAGAAGGCCGAGCCGGAGCCAGAUGCUAUGGACUCGAUGCGUGCUCAGCUCGCCAACAAGAAAAUCGUCUGUCGUCUGUGCAAGGGUGACCAUUUCACAACCAAGUGUCCCUACAAGGACACCCUCGAAGCCAUCCCAGGAGCUGCAGACACACCGGAGGGCGAGGGCUCUCUUACCCCAGCAGCCGCCGACCCAUCGAACCCAGCCGUCGCAGCAUCAGCCGCCGCUGGAGGUGCUGGAGGCAAAUAUGUUCCGCCCUCGAUGCGUGGUGGUGGCAACCGCACUGGAGAACGAAUGGGCGGACCCGGCCUUAACCGCGAUGAUCUACCCACUCUGCGAGUCACCAAUCUGUCAGAAGACGCAGACGACGACGACCUGCGCGAGCUGUUCAGCCGCUUCGGCAGGGUGGUGCGAGUGUACGUGGGCAGGGACCGUGAGACGGGCAUCUGCAAGGGUUACGCCUUUGUCAGCUUCGAGAGUCGCGAGGAUGCUGAUCGGGCCAGGCAAAGGGUGGAUGGCAAGGGUUAUGACAAUCUCAUCCUGAGCGUAGGAUGGAGUGUGCCCCGAGGAGAGAGGCCGGGUGGAGCUUAGACGAGGUUGGUGCUGCUGUGUCCCAUGUGAAUCCGGGUUUUGUAUACUACACUCCUGAUGUCACAAAUCUAGCAUUGGCAUAUCGAUCAUUGUAUGC